CUCCCUACGUAGCGUUGCGUGACAUACGCCGGCUUACGUGGUUGACGCCGCGGCAGCACACGAGGAGUCGUUGAGAGCUAGUGCUGAGUCGGGUUAGUGCCGCGGUUCGCCGGCUGCCUCCUGGCUGUGUGAUAACGGGUACAACACUCUUCCCUCCCACGUGGGAAGUCCUCCCCCACACUGCCGACUCCUUGCCUUACUCCUUCAGCUCCCCUGAUAAAGCAGUUGGUAUAUCCCAACCCGACACACCCGGAAAUGGACGCGAGCGACUCGGCCCCAGACUCCUGGGAACAGGCGGACAUGGAGGCCACGGAGGCGCAGUUGAAUAAUUCUAUGGCCGCACUCAACGUGAACGCUAAGCCGUUUGUCCCCAAUGUUAACGCCGUAGAGUUCGUGCCGUCCUUCUUGGUGGGCAGCGCGCCAUCGGACGGGCAGGAGGAGGAGCAGCAGCAGCAGGGUUCUUGCACUACUGUUGGCAUGGAUGUUUCUGAGCCUGUUGUGGAAAAUGGGGAAACCGAAAUGUCACCAGAAGAAUCUUGGGAUCACAAAGAAGAGCCCAUAGAAGCAGAACCAGGAGGCGGUUCUGAGGGUGAUGGAGGGACUACUGAAGAAGGAACCUCUGAAAUGAUGGAGGAAGAGGAGGAAAUUCCAAAACCCAAAACAAUUGUUGUACCUCCAGAUGCCCCAAAGAAAGAACAUGUAAAUGUAGUGUUCAUUGGACAUGUAGAUGCUGGUAAAUCAACCAUUGGUGGGCAAAUAAUGUAUUUAACAGGCAUGGUUGAAAAAAGAACUCUUGAAAAAUAUGAAAGAGAAGCCAAGGAGAAAAAUAGAGAAACCUGGUAUUUGUCAUGGGCUUUAGACACAAAUCAGGAAGAACGAGACAAAGGCAAAACUGUAGAGGUUGGUCGGGCCUAUUUUGAAACGGAGAAAAAGCACUUUACUAUCCUAGACGCCCCAGGCCACAAGAGCUUUGUCCCAAAUAUGAUAGGGGGAGCUUCUCAAGCUGAUCUUGCUGUUUUGGUAAUAUCUGCAAGGAAAGGAGAAUUCGAAACUGGCUUUGAAAAAGGAGGACAGACAAGAGAACAUGCCAUGUUAGCAAAGACAGCCGGUGUAAAACACUUAAUAGUUCUCAUUAAUAAAAUGGACGAUCCAACAGUGAACUGGAGCAAUGACAGAUACGAAGAAUGUAAAGAAAAACUAGUGCCGUUUUUGAAGAAAGUAGGUUUCAACCCCAAGAAAGAUAUUUAUUUCAUGCCAUGUUCAGGGCUUACUGGAGCUAACCUGAAGGAACCAGUGGAAACAUGUCCAUGGUACAUUGGCUUGCCAUUUAUUUCAUAUCUGGAUAGUUUGCCAAACUUUAAUAGAUCAUUGGAUGGACCUGUCCGACUGCCAAUUGUUGAUAAGUACAAGGAUAUGGGAACAGUGAUUCUAGGAAAGCUAGAAUCUGGAUCUAUUUGUAAAGGACAACAACUUGCCAUGAUGCCAAACAAGCACAUUGUUGAAGUUCUCAGCCUCCUUUCUGAUGAAGUAGAGACAGAGCUUGUAGCACCAGGUGAGAACCUGAAGCUCCGACUCAAAGGAAUAGAAGAGGAAGAAAUCUUACCAGGAUUUAUACUGUGUGACCCAAACAACCUUUGUCAUUCUGGACGUACAUUUGAUGCCCAGAUUGUGAUAAUUGAGCACAAAUCUAUCAUCUGCCCUGGUUACAAUGCAGUGCUGCAUAUUCAUACCUGUAUUGAAGAAGUCGAAAUAACGGCCUUAAUCUGUAUGGUAGACAAAAAAUCAGGAGAGAAAAGUAAGACGCGACCCCGAUUUGUAAAGCAAGACCAAGUAUGCAUUGCCCGUCUAAGGACAGCCGGAACAAUUUGCCUUGAAACAUUCAAAGAUUUCCCUCAGAUGGGACGAUUUACCUUAAGAGAUGAAGGUAAGACCAUUGCAAUUGGAAAGGUCUUGAAACUGGUUCCAGAAAAGGACUAAGCUUCUCAAUGCUGCACCACAGAGUGUGGAAAACUGACUCUACAGAAGCCGACUUCACAUUGCCUUCUUGUGUUCUGCCCAUUGACAAAAUGAUUAUCCAAGAGCAGUUUGACAGCAGAAAUAAGUCCACAUUGUCAGCUUUCUCAUAUUGAGAGCUCUGCUAUGCCACUCUUCAAUUUCCCUCCCUGAACGUUUUUCCACCCUUCUAAAUUCCGCUUCCUACGAGAGAACUGGCAAUAGCUUCAUAAGUUUAUGUGGACUAAAUUGCCUACAAUAAUGAAAACCUAAGAGAUUUUUUUUUUCUUCUUUUUAAACAAGUACAUUCAAUAUCACUCUUUUUUUUUCCCCCUCACCUCCAGAACGAGACGACUUAAUUCUAGGCAUAUUAUUCAACGAAUGUGCGAAUGUGUGAGCACGUUACAAAGACAAACUACCGUGUUAAUAAAAUAUUCACUUAAAACCCU